AGGCGUCGACCAGUUUGAUCGAUCGAUUGAUUGUCUGUGCACCAUGGGGUGUGUGUUCUCGACGCGGACGCGGGAGCGGAAGGAGCCGCGGGCGGCGCGGUCGGUCCAGCAGCAGCAGCAGCAGGCGCAGCAGGCGCUCGGGGCGGUCUACGACGCGCGCCGCAGCAGGUACGGCCCCGGGGACUACGACUCCGGGGAGCUCGCCAUCCGGCCGCUCCACAAGCCGCACGCGUCCAACAAGGUAUCGGACACAGGUACAUUCUUUCUGGAGAAGGCUGUCGACGUGUUAGAUACCCUCGGCAGUGGAAUCGCAAGUUUGAACCAUGGCAGCGGGUUUCUCUACGGUGGAACAAACCGGGGAAAUAAAGUCGAUAUUUUGUCGUUUGAAGUCGCAAAUACAAUAGCAAAAGCUUCUUCUUUGUGGAGAUCAUGUUCCGACGAGAGUAUAAAGGAACUGAAGGAGGAAAUUUUGCAUUCAGACGGUGUGCGGAUAUUGAUUUCUUCCAACUCCGCUGAGCUCUUGCAUAUUGCUGCCAUCGACAAAAGGGAAGAGCUUGCCAUAUUUUCGAGGGAAGUAAUUCGAUUUGGUGACCUUUGUAAAGACCCCAUAUGGCAUAACUUGGGACGCUAUUUUGACAAAUUAACGAAAGAAGUCACGCCCCAGGAUCAUUCAAAAGAGCAUAUCGAAAUAACUGUCAAACAGUUGAUUAGUUUGGCUCAAAACACUUCUGAGCUUUACCAUGAACUGCACGCGCUGGAUAGAUUUGAGCAGGAUUUUAAAAGGAAAUUUAAUGAAGAGGAGUCUGUGCCAGCAGCUAGACGAGAGAGUGUUAUGAUCUUGCAUAGUGAACUAAAGCGCCAAAGGAAUCUUGUGAAAAAAUUGAAGAAGAAAUCCUUGUGGUCCAGACCUUUGGAGGAUAUUGUGGAAAAGCUUGUUGAAAUCGCCAUUUUUCUUGAUAGACAACUCCGGGAUGCAUUCGGUGAAGUUGGUACUGAAUUCGUCAGUUAUGAGCAAGUUCAGAACAAAAGGCUAGGCCCCUGUGGUUUGGCACUACACUACGCUAACAUUAUCAAUCAGAUUGAAAAUAUAGUUUCUCGACCACUCUCUCUUCCUCCUAGCGCUAGGGACAACCUGUACCAUGGACUACCAAUAACAGUGAAGUCAGCUCUGCGGUCACGGUUGCAAUCAGUUAAUACUGAAGAGGAGCGUAGUGUAUCUCAAAUAAAAGCUGAAAUGCAGAAAACCCUCCGCUGGAUUCUUCCAAUAGCAGAAAACACAACAAGAGCACACCAAGGAUUUGGAUGGGUCGGCGAAUGGGCAAACUUCGGGAGCGACAUGGACGAGAAGUCGGGGUCCCGGCACGCCGUCAGCCGGGUGCAGACGCUCCACCAUGCCGACAAGGCGGCAACGGAGCAUCACAUGCUGGAGCUUGUGGUGCUGCUCCACCAGCUGGUUUUGCAGGUGAAGAGCCGAGGCUACGGGCACAACAAGUCAGGGAGGCGGGACCGGUCCCGAUCUUCCCGCAGAGGUUCAUCGGAACUGGCACAAUCCGGUGACACCAAGCACACCACGUCUCCGAUGCACGACGGUGGCACAUGCCCGAGCCCGCUGUCGGACUCGGAGCGCGAGACGCUGGACCACCUGGCCUUCCGGAGGACGACGAGUUACGGCAGGAGCAAGAGCUGCGAGCCUCGGCCUGGGAAGGCGAGCAGGGCGAACCGGAGCUGGGACGCGUGCCGGAGCCACGGGAGCUCGCCGGCGAGGGAGUUCGGUCGGGACUCGGCGCCAGGAUGUGACCAGCUGGCGAGGGACCUGGAUGUAAUUGAUGGGCUGGGCAGACUGACUCUAUCAUCAUUUAGUUAGAAGAGAAGAGUUAUAUGGUGCAUGCACAGAGUAGGUAUUCUUUUGCGGUAUUCUUCCGGCGAGUUCGAUCGGUCGUAUAUAUCUUGUAUAUGUGUGUGGUAUGCGUUUUUAUAUAAGUUCCCUUAGUUCAUGUACAUAUAGAUUACAUAUUUGCCACACUUCAGAAGUAUUACAGAAAAAAAAAGUUGGGGGUUGUUUGAGUGGAAAUAUAACAAGAGCAGGUUCAGAAGUG